AUGACAAAGAAGAAGUUGGUAAGGAAGACCAAGGAAGCUGUCAAACUCCUAUCCUUACUCAAUCACGCUAAGGUCAAUAAUCGAGCUCUAUUGGAUCAGGCUAAGGCAGCCAAAGCUGCUCAAAAUCUGGCCGAAGAAAAAGCUAAAUUGGCCAAUGAUGAGGCCGAGGUCGCCAGAGCUGAUCUUGCGGCUGCCAAGGCCAAGGCAGCUGGCCUAGAGGCUAAGCUUCAGGAGGCCCUUGACUCAAAGGAGGCCAAAGUCAAGGCGGUCGAUGAAAAAGCUUUUGAAGAGGGGCAAGCCGCCGUCCGCGGCCAAUACCAACAACAAGUCAAUCUAGCUUCUUCAAGUGCCUUUCUUCCAGAGCUCGAAGAUGAUACCGAGAAUGAUAAAGCUGAUGAAGUGGUGGAGGAGGCUACCACUGAUGCCAAGUCUCCCACCCUCAAUGAGCAAAUAGACUUGACUCAAGAUGAGGAGGAUGACUUGGUUUCUAAGGGCGUCUCUCCCAUACCAACCACAUCUGAGGCCGAGGUCCAGUGCUCCAAACGGAGUUUGGACCAGACUCUACUCGAAAUAAAUGCCGAAAUAGCGACAAAGAAAAAUGCAAUGCUGCCAACCGAGGCCGACAAGACUCUAUCAGCCGAAGUUGAGCAAUCCCAAACCAAUCCUAACGCUUAG